AGAGUACGCCAUUCCAGGAAGUCAAGCGCGCUCGCGGGGCGUGGCUUCUUUUGAGCUCCGCCCAUACCUCCUGGUUGUCAUAGUGACACUGAGGCCGCUGAAGUUGGUAUCUAACUGCUAGACACUAGCCGCUGACAUGCAGUACACCGGGAGCAAAUAUGUCGGGUCAUACGUAAACAGGAGGAUGGAGGGCAGUGCGGAGUACAUUCUCCCUACUGACACAAGAUAUGUUGGGAACAUGAAGGACGGCAUGUUCCAUGGAGAAGGAACCCUGUUCUUCCCCAGUGGGAGCCGAUUCGAUGCCACCUGGGAGAAAGGAUUGGCAGUGAAGGGCAAGUAUACCUUUGCUGAUGGGCUACAAUAUGAGGACAAACACUGGCACUACUGCGACAGUUAUGACCGGAGGUUCUACACCGAGAUCUGCUACGGCCUGAAACCCUCAGGCAUCUCUCGGCUCACCAAUAUGGACCCACCGAGAAAAAUCCCCCCAGGCUGCUAUGACUGUGGAGAUGGCUUCUAUAACCCCACCACCAGGGUCAUCAAGGAUUAUCUGAACCGCUUUCUGAGAAAUGCAGGCCUUCCUGGAUUCUUCUUUUUCUGCUGAGGACAGAACUUAAGUUCUCCUUGUGUAUAUCUGAUGAUGAUGAACACGAGUGGAUCGUCAGGCCCUGCCGCAAGGGCUGGGAGGAGAAACCGGCACAGAAGCCCAAGCUGUGAAUGCCGCAGCAUCUCCAUCAGGGAUUUCCCUCUGCCCAUGGGCUGUCCUUCUAGCUUUGACUUGAGUUUCAGAAUAAAGGUUUCUGGCACUGAGUGGC